CGAUUUAGUCAACUGUUUGCACUUGUGUUAUUUACUUCAUUAUCCUGUUCAACUAAAUUCUGUGGUUGAUUUGACGUUUACGUCCAUAGCCAACUAUAUAGGACUGCAAUUUGAUAUUAUUAAUUUACAUUUAAAAAGAAUCUUGCCAAUAAAUCCGGAUUCAGAAUCUGUCGAAGAAUUGUAUGAAAAACAUAGCAGAAUAUCUGCAUUGAUUAUGUCAACUGAACGAAGCGAUAUAUUAAAUAAUACAGAACAACAAAAGAAUUUAAUAAUACUAAUAAAACAUCUUCAUAUGGAACUGACUGAAAUAUCCUUCCAAGAUAAGAGAUUUCCCCAAAAUUCUAGGAUCAUAUUGGCUGUGGCGGGAUGGUGUGGUAUCUGUCUUUACAGACUUUUGAUAGUUAAUUCUACUUGUGCAAAAGUAAGCUCUAAGUCACGUCGGACGAGCGAGAUUCUUUUCCAAAUGAAAAAUACAAUUCAAAAUGCAGAAUUAAAAGAAGAGAUUGAACAAUUCUCUUUACAACUCAUCCAACGGCCCUUGGUAUUUACUUUAUGUAGAUUCAUAAGUUUAGACUACCAUUUCGUUCAAAGGUUCAUGGAAGGAAUAACGACAUAUCUCGUUUUACUGAUAAAUUUUAGUCCAGAGAUAAAAAGAUAAGUAAUUACAAAAUGAAUAUUUGUGAAACUAUCAAAACCUUGGUUGAAGUAAUGAUCAUCUAAACUUGCAUUCAUGGAAUUUUAUUACACCAUAUGCUAGAAGUCCUAGACAGAUGGUGUAACUAUUGAUUACUACACAAGUAGCUGGCGCUUUAAGAAAUGUCUAAAUUAUUUACGAAACGUCUAAUUUCACUAAUAAGUAGCUACGACAUUAUGUACUGGAACAUUAAUGCAUAUUUACAUCGUAUAUCCUUACCUGAAAUUAUCGAAUAUAUACUGACAAGUGAACAAGAUUUAUAAACAACAAAGGAUUAUGG